UCUCAGCCACCUCUUCCCUGGGCCACAUGCUAUAUCGAGUCAACAAAUUCAAGCCUGGAUCCACCCUCCGAAAAGAGAUCUACACUUUUUUAGUCCCUCUGCUGCUUAGCUUUCAGGACAACAACACCGAGGUGGUCAAGGCCUGUGGAGGGGCCCUGACUGAGUGGACUAAUGUGAUUGGCUGGUCAUCAUUCACACAGACGUUUCGGCAUACUACCCUCAGUGAUCACAUCCAGGUGUUGGAAGAAACAUGCAAGUACCUGGUGAGCACAUGCAAAAGACACAUAGUGGGGGAGUUACUGUUCCAGAGCUUUGGCUUCCUGAAGAGCAGUCAGUCCUUCCUACGGACAGCUGCAGUCCAUUUCAUAGGAUUAAUAGUGGAGAAGAUAAACCUGCAUUACAUACACCAGGAUGACGUGCAGCUGUUGCAGAAUGCUCUUGAAUGUAUGACGAAUGAUCCUGUGGAAUCUAACCAGAUUUUGGUCAACACUCUUCUGAAAAGCAUUGAAGAAUAUGUUCAUCUUGGGCCCAGCUCUGCUUCCAUUAUGAGCCCUCUGAGUUCUCACUUUUUCAGAUUAUCUAGCAUAAAAGUCAAAAAAAGAAAGCGACUAUUUAAGACUGUCAAACGGGAAGGAGAUAAUGAUACCAAUCAGAAAAGGAAUCGGCUCCUAGGCCCUCUAAAUUCACUGUACAACUGGUUCAAAGAACGGUAAAAAAUACUCCCCUUAUAAUAGACAAUUUAGAAAAGUCAACACAGUCAUAAGCACCAAAGUCUGAAAGUCCCCAUGAAGAAUCUAAAUCAGUCCUAAAACAAGUUGUUCCCUAGUCACUGUGAACAUUUAACUGGGGGCCAAAGCCUUUCCAGUUGUUCAUCCAGAUGUCAAUGCUUGACUCCACCACAGUCUCUCCCACCUUUUGUCCAACUGGAUGGGC